CGCGCGAGAGUAAGAGAGAAAGAGAGAGGGAGAGUGCCUGCCGCCGCCUCUCACAGUCUUUGCUCAGAGUGGCUGUGUUGUUUGGCCAGAGCAGUCAGCAGAACCCAGCUCGUCGACCGCAGAGAGCCAUUUAAACACAGGUCGUUUGGUUCGGGCAUGAAAGAUGGAGCUCUCGGCGGUGGGAGAUCGUGUUUUCGCCGCGGAAGCCAUACUGAAACGCCGCGUCCGUAAGGCAAGACUGGAAUACUUGGUCAAAUGGAAAGGAUGGGCAAUGAAACACAGCACCUGGGAGCCAGAGGAGAAUAUUUUGGAUGACAGGCUGAUACUGGGCUUUGAGCAAAAGGAGCGGGACAGGGAGGUGAAUGGACCGAAGAAGCGGGGACCGAAACCUAAACACUUGAAGGCUCGUUCUCAGAAAAGAGAACCCAGCAACCAGUCCUCCAAUGCUCGCAAGAAUACAUCGCGCUCCACUUCCAGCCGAGCAGCUCCCUCCUCCUCUGCCGCACCUCACCAUUUACCGUCUUCAUCCUCCUCUUCCUCAACUGUCGCGCCCUCUCCUAAACUCAACUCCCUUGCUGCCACGCACAAGCUCAAGAAGGACAUUCACCGUUGCCACCGGAUGUCCAGGCGUCCUCUGCCCCGCUCUGACCCCUUGGCAUCCACUUUCUCCAACCCCGGUGGUUUCCCUUCGCGUAUGCACGUUUCCCCCUUCUCCGAGACCGUCCGCAUCCUCAACCGCAGGGUCAAGCCCCGGGAAGUCAAGAGAGGUCGAAUCAUCCUCAACCUGAAGGUCAUUGACAAGCCAGGAAGAGGCGGCGCAGCAGCAGGAAGUAGGAAUAUUACAGCGGGACGCCAAAACAUCCCCUCCCGCAAUCGCAUCAUUGGGAAAAAGGGAGAGGCUCCGUACAGACCUUUCCAGCCUCCUCUGAAGAUGUUGGGCUUCCCAAUGUAUGGGAAGCCAUUUGGGCUGCAAUGUGGAGGCCCUCUGCCUUUCCACGCCCACCCAGGGUCACGCUCCAGCACAGCAGCCAGGAACAGCCACACCUCUUCCUCUCAGUACCAGUCUCCUCCCUCUCCUUCCACCUCCAGCGGCUCCGAAGGAAAAUCUCCCACAGCCUCAGCUGCACAGUCCCAGUCCACCACUGCGGCUUCUCCCUCCAGCCAGGAUCCCAAGCCCAGCAAACCUCACGCAGAGACCCAGAAGUCCCCCCACAGCACCAAGCACCCGGCUCCUGCCACAUCCUCUGAUGCAAACCUAGCAGUGCAAGCGCCGCCCGUCCUCCCCUCCUCACCGUCCCCUUCUUUAGAGGAUGACAAUGAGGAGGAGGAGGUAGAGGAGGGUGGCCUGGACCGAAAAAAUCCUCGCCAACGCCACGCGAAACACCCUCCGCCCACUACUCCCCCCUCCGCCUCCCCUGGUGACCAGAGCUCCGCCCCCACUGAACCCCAAAGGGUGCCUGCUGAGGGAGACCCGGACUGGUACCCAGAAAUGGCACCGAGCUGCAAGGACGUCGUGGUCACCGACGUCACCACCAACCUCGUCACCGUCACGAUAAAAGAGUUCCCCUCUCCGGCCUCCUGCCCCGCCUCCCCCUCCGCUCUCCCUGAAAAUGCCUCCUCCCCGUCCCCUGCCUCCGACAUCCCCUCCCCAGCCAAGCCAUAAGAGAGCAGGUGCUAUGAAGGUGAUUGCCAUUGAUGGUUAGAAAAAUAUCAUGCCAAUGUUGCCACUUCAGACCCUUCCUACCUUUUCCUGUAAAAGGUGUGUCCAUAAUGAUGAAAUGUAAUGUAAAUUUACAUCACCCAGCCAUUGAAUAGUGAAAAAAAGAGCAUAUUUUUGUUAAAUAGAAGAUAUAUAAAUUGGAAAAGGGGGCAGCUUUCUUUCUUAAAUUGCCAUAUUUUGUCCACUUGCACAGCACAGACUCUCUGAAGCGGACUUGGAUGGAAACGGUGUUUGUUGUCGUUCACUCGCUCACUUGACACGUUGAGUGAAUCUUGUUGAUUGUAGCGCGAAUGGAAACUUGUUUCCGUCUGGUGCUUUGGUUGAGAUUUCAUCAAACAAGUUGACACGUGUGAAGGAAACAAACGCUCUUCACUUCACAUCCUCGCUCUACCUCAGUCUGUCGUACACGGCCAAUGAGGUGUUGCGCCGAUUUCCUGCCCCCCUCCUUCCCCGCCCGCCCCCAAGAAGUCCAGCUUGUCAAUGAUAAAAGAGGUGGUGUGUUUUUUUUUGCACUUAACACAGCUGGACUUUCAUAUAUUGCAUCAAUACAUUGAGGUAAUUGCAAUGCACUUGACGACGUCAAAAAAAAAAAUCCAACAUAUUCUAUGUAGUUCCAUCAAUUUUUCAAGCCCCCCCCCCCCCCCAUGCACAUGCAUACACAGUACAUACAAUAUGAGUAAGUAUUUACGAUAUGCACGCACAACCUUUAGAAGCUGCAAAAGAAUAUACAGAAAGUAGUUCUUAAGUUAUUGUUUCCUCGCUGUCUCCCCUGCUUGCCUUUUUUUGUGUCACAAACCCACCACGUUCAGCAAAUCUGUAAACGUCCACCAAGGCUCUAAACUGGUCCUGAAUUCAGUCGGUAAAGAUUUGCACAAUAUAAUGUCAAGGUCUAGAAGGUCCCUGGGCUGAACACAGUAGUUGAGCUACACAUUACAGGGGUUGGAGGACUGUGUGCAUGUGUAUCCAGGUAGCUUAGGCUCCUUAAAGUCACCGUUUGUCUGUUAAAGCCUGCUCCACACUAGAGGAUUUUUAAAUCGCAACAAACUAAUGGCUUUUCCGGCGUUUCCACCGGCUCGGCACGGUUAAGUUGCGUUUCCACUAGUCUAGUGCCUGGUACCAUUUUUUUUUUUAGUACCUGCUCUGGCGAGGUUCCAAGCGAGCUGAGGAGGUACUAUGCGUGACGUCGCCUGACUGCCGGCCACUGAUUGGUCAGAGUGCCGUCACAGGAAGAGACUUCUGACACAAGAAUCAAGCCGAACAGUGCCGAACUGUAGAUCAGUUAAAAAGACUUAACAAUCCUCAAAAUGUGGGUUAAUGUCUAACAAUUACCAGGGAAAUGUCUAAAAUCGGUCACAAAGGAAGUGCUGAACAAAUAGUUUUAAUGAACUGAUUCUAAUGAUUCAGUUACCCUGAAAACCACUGCUUUACAAGUCACUAGUCACUCGUUUGUGGGUGUCGUGUGUAAAAUGAAGUCAUGUUCAGUGAUGACUCCGUCCACGUUGAGUAGGUACUAUUUUUGUUGUGGAAAACCAAAUGAUAUGGCUAGUUAUCCUCUAGUGGGGCAGGCUUUACCUUCCAAAUUGGCAGGCAGAGCAAAGACCUUUCCACUCUCCCUGCCUUCCUUGUUUGUUUGUAUGUAUGUGGUUGGUCUUUUAGCUAACAGUGCUUUAUUUGUAUGUUUCUCAAGUGCUGGUUUCUAAAGAAAUGGGAUUGUGUAGCAUGGCUCACAGUAUCCUGCCACAUAUUUAAAUAACUGGAGGAAUGUAACCAGCCAAGACUUUUGCCAAUCAUGUGAGGCUAGACAUCCUAUUGUGUGUGACGGUUGGCGAGUACGUACUCCCAGCUGACGUGUACUUGCUAUUUUGCCACACAUUCCCAUAGACCACCAGAGAAAUCUUAAGGUGUAGGUGUUUACAUACAGCACUGAUGCAUAUUAGGGUUCUCGACACAUUUUAGACCACAUGGAACAAGAAAAAUUUCAUUUUGUAUAUUCAAAACAACAAAGCGACUGUCGCGAUGAAGAAACUAAACCCAUCAUACACACAAUGGUGUGCCAUGCUCUUUGACCUCCCCAGACCUUGGCUCUUACUCUGAUGUACCUGUGUUUUCAGUAUUUAAAACAGCAAAUUUUCCACAUGUAUUGCCUUAUAGCUGCUCCAUUCAACCCCAGUUACACUCCAGGUGAUGUUUACCUCGUCAAGUCAAGUUCUUUCAAAUGAAACAACAACUCUUCCUUAUAUCAUAGCGUUAGCAUGUUUACUUUAUGUAUUACUUAACCACAAACUGUAAUAACUCUUGACUGUUAAUGUCUCUCGAGUGCAGCGUCCUCUGUGUCAUGGUCAACCACUGACAAGGAAGAUGUUGCCUCCUUUCCUUGUCACGUGCUGGAGGGUUCUAGGUGUUGUCGAUACAGUUUUCAAUACUCUUCAUAGGUUACAAAAUGGAAGGAUUUAUUCCAGGACGGCAAAAUCAAUAGCGCAAUUGAUAAAAGUAAAGUGUUUUCUUCUUCAUGGAUUUGCUGCACUCUGGAAUAGAUUUUUCCAUCUACUUUAAUAUCUUAAAUGGUGGUUAGAAGUGACUUUCUUGCAGUUGGUAGAUGUGUAAGGUGUUAGGCUGCUAUGCGCCAACAGUAAGUGAUGUUUUCCUUGUUUUUCUUUCUCACACGGGGGUUAGCACAUCUCAACUUUAGUGGCCUGUGUCUCAACCAAAUAGGGCUCUUGAUUUUGCUAUUUGAAUUUUGUAAGCUUUUAUUGUUUUCCCUUUUUUCGAUUUGUUUGUGAUGUCAUUUCGAGUGCUACGUUUAUCUGGCGCAAAGGAAGGAAUCCUUGUUUAAAUGUGGAUAAAGAUGCUUCAUGAACUGAAUUGUGCCGUUUUAAGCUGUUUUUCUUCCCCCCCCCCCCUUCUUUUGUACUGUAAUAGUUGUUUUUUAAAGAUAUGCAUAAUGAUGUUAAUGUGAUGCUGUCCAUUAAAAAUGCCAUAUCUUAUAGUCCAACUGCGAUUUAUUCAUGUGUCGGGACAGUUUUUGUCUUGAUUUGUAUGAGUUUAUGUACGUUGUUAUUCACGGUAAUGGCAGCGAUGACGAGGUGGAGGAUAACGAUGACAGUGAAAUGUAUCUGAACUUCUGAAGCAUGUUUUGCAAAAACCUUAUUGUACAGAUGAUGAUGUAUUGGGUGUCAUGUUAACCAUUACUAUUGUUGCUUUCUGUGUGUUUCUUGUACAAGGCUUUUAAUUAAAAGCUCUGAAAAAGCA